AGAAGAAGGCGGCGGCGACGACGACGACGACAACGGGAGGAGGGAGGAAGGAAGCGAGGAAAGAGAACGUUUUUAUACCAGGCCGCGACCUGCUACCGAGAGAGAAGGUUACAUAACUUCGAAAAUAUUGAUUUCAUCUUAUCUUUGUGUGAGCUGCCCAGACGGAGACUUCGACAGGAGUCUCUUCCACUGCACCAUCUCCGCGACGUUUUGACUUCGGAGCGUCAACUCGUCAAUUCUAAACGGAAUCAUCAUGGCUGAUGAUUUUGACGUGGAGGCCAUGCUGGAGGCUCCAUACAGAAAGGAUGAGAUCAAGUCCUCUCAUGCAAACGGACAUGACGACCAAAUCAAGAAGAAAAGGAGGAGUCGAAGCAAAAGUCGGAGCCCAGGCUCUAAGAAGAGAAGAAGCAGAAGCAAAGACAAAAAGAAGGGUAAGAAGAGGAGCCGGAGCCGAGAGAAAAAACGAAGCCGCAGCAGAGAGCGUCACCGCAGCCGCUCCCGGAGCAAGGAACGAUCUGGGCGGUACAGAGCACGAAGGAGCCCCAUUCGGAAACGUUCUAAAAGUCGGAGCCCCUUCAAAAAAGAAAAGAGUCCAAUCAGUAAUACGCCCUCCAAGUUCCAAGUAGAUCCGAUGAGUGGUUAUCAAAAACGUGAAAAGACAGAUUCCGCAAUUCAUAGGCAACCAAUUGACAAUCUCACGCCAGAGGAGAGGGACGCCCGCACAGUUUUCUGCAUGCAGCUCGCUGCGAGAAUCAGAGCUCGGGACCUGGAAGAUUUUUUCUCAGCCGUCGGGAAAGUCAGAGACGUGAGAAUGAUCUCGGACAGAAACUCGAGGCGGUCAAAGGGCAUCGCCUACAUAGAGUUUGUGGAUACUUCUUCUGUACCACUGGCAAUUGGAUUGACCGGCCAGAGGCUUUUAGGAGUUCCCAUCAUCGUCCAGGCCUCUCAGGCUGAGAAAAACAGAGCUGCAGCCGCCGCCAAUAAUCUACAGAAGGGCAGUUCGGGUCCGAUGCGACUGUACGUGGGCUCGCUGCAUUUCAACAUUACUGAGGAAAUGCUACGAGGGAUCUUUGAGCCUUUUGGAAAGAUUGAGGGAAUCCAGCUUAUGAUGGACAGUGAGACCGGACGAUCCAAAGGAUACGGCUUCAUAUCGUUUGCAGAUGCUGAAUGUGCAAAAAAGGCCUUGGAGCAGCUGAAUGGCUUUGAGCUGGCCGGACGCCCGAUGAAGGUGGGGCAUGUUACAGAGCGCUCGGACUCCUCGACGGCCAGCUCGUUCCUGGAUAACGACGAACUAGAGAGGACUGGCAUCGACCUCGGCACCACAGGGCGCUUACAGCUCAUGGCUCGACUCGCAGAAGGAACUGGUCUGAAGAUUCCUCCUGCUGCUCAACAGGCUCUACAGAUGACCGGCUCCAUACCUUUUGGAAACAUCGCUGCUCCGCCAGCUGUUCCAACUCCAACUCCAAGCCAAGCCUUGAACCUCCCAUCACAGCCGCUGGCCACACACUGUCUCCAGCUGUCCAACCUGUUCAACCCACAAGCGGAAAAUGAUCCGAGCUGGGCCAAUGAGAUCCAGGACGACGUGAUCGAGGAGUGCAACAAACAUGGAGGAAUCGUUCACAUUUAUGUGGAUAAAAAUUCAGCUCAAGGUAAUGUGUAUGUGAAGUGUCCCUCGAUACCGGCAGCCAUGGCAACUGUAAAUGCACUUCAUGGACGCUGGUUUGCAGGCAAAAUGAUAACAGCUGCCUACGUCCCGCUCCCCACCUACCACAACCUUUUCCCUGACUCUGUAACGGCGAAGCAGCUUCUAAUGCCGACUCGUCGAUAGUCUGAGAAAGGCUAAUGAAAGUCAGUGUACAUACAUUUGUUUGCAUUCAUGGAGCUGUCACUCAAAACAGACGCAACAAAAUUAGUUGGCUGUGCGUCAAUAAAAGUUGCCUCAAGUUCAACAUUGAAAAUUAGCAGGGUUUGUUUUUUUUUAGUUGCUUUUCAAAGUUUUCGUGGGUUUUGUGUAAACUAUCACUGAGAAGUAAUCUGCAGGUCUGUAUGUUUUUAAAUAUUACCGUCUUAUCUGCUUGUUUAAAUCCAGUUUUAGAUUUAAAAUUGCAGAGUCACAAAAUGUGUUGGGUUAAUAGGCCUUAAAUGCCAAACGUAUAUUAAUGUCAACAAUAAUACUUUGUACCUUUUUACAGCCAUAAUUUCAUUUUUUGUAUGAAGGCUCCCAAUAAACUUUGGCAAUUCACUUUU